AGAAGUUACUGAGCCGCUGUUGGUCGGUGCGGAUUUUUUUUUUCCCUCCUUUUUUUUAUUUCCUUCCCGCGCGCGCUGCCGGUUUCGCACGCGCGCUGCGCUAUGAAGAGCGCGAGGAGGAAACUCUGAUCAGAGCGCGAGGCGAGGCGAGGCGAGACGAGACGGUUGGGGCUUUGAUCUGGAGUGUUUAAAUUUUCCUUUGAAGCUGUGUUCGGGGCUGUGGUGAUGAGCAUGGUGAGGCUGCAGGUGUGUGUGCUGGCUCUGUCCGCGGCGCUCUGCGUCUGCUCGGGAGGACGAGGAGCCGAGCGCAUGGAGCACGAGGAGGAUGGAGGUGGAGGUGGUGGUGGUGAGGAUGAUGAUGGAGUCUCUCGGAGCUGCAGGGAUGUCAAGCAGGCUCUCAUGGGGAAGGGAUUCACCAGCGUCAGGAUUAACCAGCACCAGACCGCAGGUGAGCACCUGCGCGUGUGUUCUCAGGGGUACACGUGUUGCAGUGCGGAGAUGGAGGACGCGAUCACACAUCGCAGUAAAGUCGAUCUCGAACGCCUGAUGGAGGACAGCAGCAGCGCCCUGAGAACCGUCUUCACCACCAAACACAAGAAGUUUGACGAGUUCUUCCUCAAACUGCUGGAAAACUCAGAGAAAUCUCUGAACCACAUGUUCAUCCGUACCUACGGAAACCUGUUCAUGCAAAACUCUGAGAUCUUUGAGGACCUGUUCUCAGAGCUACGGCGCUACUACACAGGAGGAAACGUAAACCUGGAGGAGAUGCUGGGCGACUUCUGGGCCAGGCUACUGGAGAAGAUGUUCCAACUACUGAACUCUCAGUUCACGUUCACAGACGAGUAUCUAGAAUGUGUGAGCAAGUACACGGACCAAUUGAAGCCAUUUGGAGACAACCCGCGCAAACUCAAGGUCCAGAUCACACGCGCCCUCGCUGCCGCACGGACCUUCGUCCAGGGACUCAUGGUGGGACGGGAGGUGGCCAAUCGUGUGGCCAAGGUGAACGUCUCUCCGGGCUGCAGUAAGGCUCUGACGCGGAUGCUCUAUUGUCCCUACUGCGGUGGGUUUGUGGACCUGAAGCCGUGCAGUAGUUAUUGUCAGAACGUUAUGAAGGGCUGCCUCGCUAAUCACGCUGACCUGGACCCAGAGUGGAACGUCUUCAUCGAUUCCAUGCUCCUGGUAGCUGACAGAUUGAAGGGGCCGUUUAACAUCGAGGCCGUGAUAGAGCCGAUCGACUUGAAGAUCUCUGAGGCCAUCAUGACCAUGCAGGAAAACAGCAUCCAAGUCUCUGAGAAGGUGUUUCAGGGUUGUGGUCAUCUCAAACCAGUUCGAUCCGGAUCAGGUCGGAGCACCCGUGAGGUGUUUAAUGCUCGGUUUAAACCUUACAACCCAGAAGAAAUUCCUCCGUCAGAGAGCAGCGGCCUUGACAAACUGAGGAGCGUCUGGAGAACAAUGCAGGACAGCGUCAUUGACAUCAAGGAGAAAUUGAAGCAGGCGAAGAGGUUCUGGACAUCACUGCCUGAUGUGAUCUGUUCGAAAGAGAACCUGAUAGAACCAAACAGCGACCAGUGCUGGAACAGUCACACCAAAGGAAGGUAUUUCCCAGAGGUUGUGAAGGAUGGCUUGACCAAUCAGCUGAGUAAUCCAGAGGUGGAGAUUGACAUCACUCGCCCAGACACCUUCAUCCGGCAGCAGAUCAUGGCGCUGAGAGUGAUGACCAACAAACUCCGCAGCGCCUACAACGGAAACGACUUCUCCUUCGUGGACUCCAGUGAUGAGGUGAGUGGUUCGGGCAGCGGAAGCGGCUACACCACAGAGUUCGAGUUCACGUCCACGGAAGCGCCAGCGGUGGGGGCGGGGCGCCAAGACCAGGCCACGCCUCUGCGACCUGCAUCCGAUAAAGCCACACCUCUCAGACCUCCUUCUGACAAGGCACCGCCCCUUAUCGCCUCACCUAUCGCUUUAAUGACGCUCACGCUGCUUUACUUCUGGUGGAGAUAUGGGCUGGAAGGGGCAUGGACAGCUGAGAGGCAGCUUAGCUCCUCCCACAAGGUUAGCCCCACCCUCAUGGGGCUUCACGAUGGAAAGCAUGAGGAUUGACACCCAAAGGGCAGAUAAAGAGAGAGGGCGAGAAAGAGAGAGAGCAAAAUUUUCUGCAUCCUGCUUGUUUCCAAAGAGCAGCUUCAUCCUCGAACACCUUUUUCUCUCGUUCCUUCACAAAAAAAAGACAAAAAAAAAAAGACAGAGGAAUGCUGCAGCACGUUCCUCAGAUCCUUUCAGUGAAGUACCAGGAUAAAAAUAUAUCUAUAUAUAAAUGAAGAAGAAUCUAUUUUUGUUUGUGUUUUUUAUAUCCACUGCGCAAGAUGAGAACCUCAGAAAAGGACGAGAUCUAUUUAAGAUGCGGAGUCGUCUCUUCCCGAACCGUCCACAAAGGAGCAGAGGCGUGAGCAAGAGGAACGAUAAAAAGAUUUUAAAAAGUAAAUAAAUGAAUAAAAAGUAUAACUCAUAUUCGCUUCUGUGCCACUGUGAAUGCAUGACAUCAUAUCUCACAUCUGUCACUUUUUUUUUUUUUUUUGUUAAGCAUUAAAAUAGUUGAGCUUCUUCCAGUCCAUUAAUGUUUUAAAUGAGUAUUUGGGGAUUAUUAUUAUUUUUUAUUUUAUCAGGUUACAUGAACAACAUCUCAUUUUAACAUUUUAACACUCAAACAUUCAACAAAAUCUUGACAGCUAAUGUCAGUAUUCAGUAAUUGGUAUAAGAUUAGACAUCUGUCUAAUUUCUUCUAUCAGUCUCAGCUGAACAAUGGCAAAUUGGUGCAACAUAACAGUACUCACAAAAAAAAAGGACAGUGCUGGUAGAAAAUAAAUACCUGUACAUAACUGAAUAAAUAAUCAGUGAGAAACUGCUUGAAAUUAAAUACUAUUGUAAAACAGAAAAAUGCAAAAUUAUGGUGUAAAAAUGAUCUAAAAGUGCUACUAUAUAAAACAUUAUGCAUAGAUAGAGAACUAUAAAACAACCCUAACAAUAAAAAAAUCCCAACAAAUAAUAUAUCAACAAAUUGAAAACCUACCAACCUACUAAUAUUAGACACACUGUAUCAUUAACAAGAUACUGUUAAAAAAUAAUACAUCUGUAAUCUAUAAAACAGGCAAAAAUCCAUGCAUCAUUUGUUUAUUUGUUUUUUUAUUACAAAACCAAAAAUAAAAACUAAAAGAAAACUUAUUUUUCUUUGCAGAAUUCGUUGUUAAAAAAACAUAAUAAUAAUAAUAAUAAUAAUAAUAAUAAUAAUAAUAAUACAUACAUACAUACCAGCUAAUUUUUCUAUUUUCUAAUUUUGUGUUUAAAAAAAGCAUAUUUAGCACUUACUUUUUUUCAGACAGAGGUUGCAGGAGCUGGCGUUUAUUAUUAUUAUUAUUAUUAUUAUUAUUAUUAUUAUUAUUAUUAUUAUUAUUCCUACUUUUAACCAUUUGAGAAAACACACUUUUAACAGUCUGAAAGCUGGGAUAAUCAGAUGCACUAGGCUUUCAGGGUGGGGAAGUUUAGCACAGACAAGUAAAAAUUUCUGGGUCAAACUACCUGUGUUUAAUAAAAAAAUAAAAAAAAAAAUAGGUAAAAAAAUAUAUCUUCAAAUGUUUGAUUUGAUC